GUGAAGCCUGUGAUGAUUAAAGCUACACGAUACUGCCCACCUCCUGACUCAAGUACAGCUCUGUCUACACUUCCUACCUUUCUUCCAGUCUCACUACACCGUCUAACAGUUCAGCUGAGCGAAAAAGGUGACCAAACAACGUUAUUGAUCCUUCUACUGGCUUAAACAGAAAAGAUGCGCAAGACUCCGUGGAACAGUCUGAUCAUUCUCCUAACAUGUCUCAUGAAGGUUGCAGAAAUCCAAGCACAAUGUGAGAGACCUAAUGUUGGAGAAAACAUGGUUAUGAUCGAUGACUCGGGCCAGCAGACAUUCCCAAAUGGUUCCACUGUAACGUUCAAGUGUUCUACUGGUUAUCAGCCUGUGGUUUCAUCAGCUUCAAGGACAAUCACCUGUGUUGGAACCAAUUGGACCAACCUGGAGCUUACCUGCACAAAAAAGUCCUGUGGAACUCUUUCUGAGCUUCCCAAUGGGAAGUAUACUUAUCCAGAUGGAAUUCUGUUUGGUGCGACAGCCGUCGCACAAUGUAAUGAAGGAUAUCUGCUUGUUGGAGGAAAAACUAGAAAUUGUCGUGACAGUGGAUGGGAUGGGAGAGAUCCUGUGUGUGAAGCGGUGAAAUGUUUACCACCUCCCACUAUACAGAAUGGAACGUUUGAUCCCGUGCAAGAAUCUUAUAAUUAUAAUGAAGCAGUCACAUACUCUUGUAGUGUAGGUUUCACUCUUAUUGGAGAAGAAACAAUAACCUGUUCUGAUAAUGGAACCUUUCAUCCUUCUCCUCCUCAGUGUUUGGUGGUAGUGUGUGAGACACCUAACAUUACGAAUGCAGUUAGAGUUGAAGGAAAAUCACCACCCUACGGAUAUAAAAAUUUUGUCCGAUACCAAUGUAAUGAAGGGUACAUGAUGAAUGGAACUGGUUACCUGGUCUGUGAAGUCAAUGGAUGGAAUCCACCUCCCCCUGAGUGCAUCUCUAAUCGAAUUCCAGUUCCACCCACCACAUCUCCACCAUCAGAUGCACAAUGUGAGAGACCUAACGUUGGGGAAAACAUGGUUAUGAUCGAUGACUCGGGCCAGCAGACAUUCCCAAAUGGUUCCACUGUAACGUUCAAGUGUUCUACUGGUUAUCAGCCUGUGGUUUCAUCAGCUUCAAGGACAAUCACCUGUGUUGGAACCAAUUGGACCAACCUGGAGCUUACUUGCACAAAAAAGUCCUGUGGAACUCUUUCUGAUCUUCCCAAUGGGAAGUAUACUUAUCCAGAUGGAAUUCUGUUUGGUGCGACAGCCGUCGCACAAUGUAAUGAAGGAUAUCUGCUUGUUGGAGGAAAAACUAGAAAUUGUCGUGACAAUGGAUGGGAUGGGAGAGAUCCUGUGUGUGAAGCGGUGAAAUGUUUACCACCUCCCACUAUACAGAAUGGAACGUUUGAUCCCGUGCAAGAAUCUUAUAAUUAUAAUGAAGCAGUCACAUACUCUUGUAGUGUAGGUUUCACUCUUAUUGGAGAAGAAACAAUAACCUGUUCUGAUAAUGGAACCUUUCAUCCUUCUCCUCCUCAGUGUUUGGUGGUAGUGUGUGAGACACCUAACAUUACGAACGCAGUUAGAGUUGAAGGAAAACCACCACCCUACGGAUAUAAAAAUUUUGUCCGAUACCAAUGUAAUGAAGGGUACAUGAUGAAUGGAACUGGUUACCUGGUCUGUGAAGUCAAUGGAUGGAAUCCACCUCCCCCUGAGUGCAUCUCUAAUCGAAUUCCAGUUCCACCCACCACAUCUCCACCAUCAGAUGGCAACCGUGUGAAGCCCAGUGUAUUAAUAAUAGCUGUUGCUGUAUCCAUUGUUGUCCUUCUAGGAAUUGAAGAAGUCGGAGUGAAAAUAAGAUUAACGAGUAAAACGAUGUGGGCGACACCGAGCUACAGUCUGAUCAUCCUUCUCAUAUGUCUCACAAAGGUUGUGGAAAUCCGAGCACAAUGUGAGAGACCCCUUGGUGGGGAAAACAUGGUUCUCACUGAUGAAUCAGGCAAAAACACUUUCCCUGAGGGAUCCAGUUUAACAUUCAGAUGUUCCACUGGUUAUCAGCCUGAUCAGUCAGGAGGUUCCAGGUCCAUCACCUGCACUGGACAACAGUGGAGCAAACUAGGACUUCAGUGCAAAAAAAAGUCCUGUGGAAGUCCGGGGGCGUUGACCCAUGGAAGGUAUUUAACUCCAGAUGGAAUUCUGUUUGGUGCAAUAACCACUGCAGAGUGUGACGAAGGAUAUUUGCUUGUUGGACCUAAAACUAGAAGUUGUCUAGAUAAUGGUUGGGAUCAGAGAGCCGCAGUGUGUGAAGCGGUGAAAUGUUUACCACCUCCCACUAUACAGAAUGGAAAUUUCGAUCCCAGUAAAGACUCCUAUGAUUAUAAUGAAGCAGUCACAUACUCUUGUACUGGAGAUUACACUCUUAUUGGAAAAGAAACAAUAACCUGUUUGGCGGAUGGAACCUUUCAACAGCCUCUUCCUCAGUGUUUGGUAAUCAGGUGUGAUGGACCUAGAAUUGAUAAUGCAGUAAGAAUUGAAGGCAAAGCACCACCAUACAAAUAUAAAGACAUUGUCCGGUACCGGUGUAAUGACGGCUACAGAAUGAUUGGGUUGGCCUUCCUGACCUGUGAAGUAAACGAAUGGAACCCUUCUCCUCCAGUGUGCACUGCUGAAAUAGGUCCGAACCCAGAUCCGAACCCAGAUCCAAAACCAGGUCCAAACCCAGAUCCGAACCCAGAUCCAAACCCAGGUGAAGGAGGUAAAACGGACCACAGUCGUAACAUUGGAAUUGGGAUUGGGGUUGGGAUCUUGGUCGCACUGAUAGCUGGAAUCGGAGUGUGUUAUGCGAAGAAACGAUUCAGUAACUGCUGUUGGUUUUCUGCAGUUGAGUCAGAUGUUAUGGUCAUACACAUUUUUUAUAUAUCUCUAAAAAUAAAUAAAUAAAAAUAAAUUUAUUAUAUUAUAUACACACAUUUUUAUAUAUACACACACACACACACACACACACACAGUAUACAACAGAUGUGAAUACAUCCCUGUGCAUUAUCGUAUGUCAAAUGAUUUAAAAUUGUAUCUCCCUACAGUAAUUGCAUUACUUCUAAGUUAAUUACUUAGUUAGUUUAGUUUAGAUAAGAUAACUUAGUUAGUUUAGAUUUACUAUAAUAAAAAUACAGGCCCCACAGUAGGAAUUCAAUGCAACAAAAGUCAGUACACCUUUCAUUACUGAGAUUCAGAUCUUUUAAUUUUUCAGUACUUCAAAUGUCUAUCGUUAUUUUUGAUGACAAUCCUCCUCGGCAUGGAGGAUACCAGCAUUGCACAAAUGUUCUGCCAUUCUUCACAGACAAUUUUUUUAAGCUGCUGUUUGCUGGAGAGGUAGUGUUGCUCUUACCUUUCUCUUUAAAAUACCCCAGAGGUGUUCUGUUGGAUUCAAGUUGAGCAACUUUCACUUUUUUUUCUUCUUUAGAAACUCUUGUGUUAUUUUUGGCAGUGUGUUUUGGAUUGUUAUCAUGCUGGACUACUCCUGUUCUGCCAAGCUUCUGGAGACUGGGUGCCAUCUUCAUGUUCAAGCAGUCAGGCUAAUUGGAAAUCACAGGUGUACUCAGUUUUGUUUCAAUGAUCACAGGUUUUCUAGCUUGUGGGUCAGUGAUCACAGGUGUAUUCACUUUUGUUGCAUUGAGUUUCUGUUUUGGGGCCUGUAUUUUCAAUAUAGUCUCUCUAAAGUAUUUGUUUUUGAUUGUAAGGAAGUACUCUACUUGUCAGCUUAAAAAUAAUGCCGUUAUUGAGAAGUGAUACAGUUUUGAAUCACUUGACUUUUAAGUGAUCUUGCACGGGGUGUACUCACUUCUGCUGUGUGUGUAUGUGUGUGUUUAUAUGUAUAUAAUAUAAGAUUUUGUUAAAAUUUUUUUGUGAAAUUCACUGAAGUUGCUCUUAAAUAUCAGAUAAAUAGGAUGAGUUUUAACAGGCCAAUGCUGGACUUUUGGC